GGGGUGGAGGCGGGAGUGAAGUCUCGCGAGAAGAGGAGGUUUCCUAGCGGAGCCCUCUGGCUGAGAGUGUCUGACGAUCCGCCGCCGCAUCCGCGGACGGUUUAUUGAGCCCGUUAGUGCCCCUGCCGAGGGAGACUCCCAUCGCCGUCAUGUCCCGCUACCUGCGCCCCCCCAACACGUCUCUGUUCGUAAGGAAUGUGGCCGACGACACCAGGUCCGAAGAUUUACGACGAGAAUUUGGUCGUUAUGGUCCUAUAGUUGAUGUGUAUGUUCCACUUGAUUUCUACACGCGCCGUCCAAGAGGAUUUGCUUAUGUUCAAUUUGAGGAUGUCCGUGAUGCCGAAGACGCUUUACAUAAUUUGGACAGAAAAUGGAUUUGCGGACGCCAAAUUGAAAUACAGUUUGCACAGGGGGAUCGGAAGACUCCAAAUCAAAUGAAAGCCAAGGAAGGGAGGAAUGUGUACAGCUCUUCACGCUAUGAUGAUUAUGACAGAUACAGACGUUCUAGAAGCCGGAGUUAUGAAAGAAGAAGAUCAAGAAGCCGGUCCUUUGAUUACAACUAUAGAAGAUCUUAUAGUCCUAGAAAUAGACCGGCUGGAAGACCACGGCGUAGCAGAAGCCAUUCCGACAAUGAUAGACCAAACUGCAGCUGGAAUACCCAGUACAGUUCUGCUUACUACACUUCAAGAAAGAUCUGAGAAAGCGGAAAAAGAACCAAAGAAGGGCAGUUCAAGCGACCAAAGGGUGGGUGGAAGGUGCUGCAGUAUGAAUACUGUACGAAUAUUUUGACUCUGGUCUGAAAAGAUAAAAGAAUGUUAUCGAAACUACAUGGAAUAAUUGAAGUCCCUUCAAGUUUGAAAGUAAGCAUUUUAGGACAAAUAAAAGGAAAUUCAACUUUGUACUUGUGGAAAACUAAUCCCUAAAUCUGAAUAGGUUUAUAUUGAUUCAUGGGUAACAGGUCCGUAAUAAAUUACUGGAAACUAGGAUGUCUGAAUAUCAAGGAAGACAGCCAUAGUCUCUUACAGUGCCUCUAUUGGUCUGUCUCAAACUGAAUUGGGUGAGAAAGGGUAUGGUCCAAUAUAAACUUUUUCUUGGUUAUCUCUUAAAGUCAGUUUCAUUUUUGCUAUUGGCAAAUCUUACCGUUGUUUAUUCCAGUGCCAGUGUUUUUCUGCUUAAUGAUUUGCUUUGUUGGCAUCUGAGUUUAUUUACUUGUAUGCCAUGUGCAGUUUACAUCUUCCUUACACUCUCCCAGAUAAAUUCCGAUUAUAAUACUUGACAUCUAGCUAAGAGGGUCCAUCUCUUCUCACCUCGGUCCUAAGUCAGUAUAUUCAGCAAACAUUUAUUUACUGAGCCCUUAACUGUGGGCAAAAAUUGUACUGGGUAAUUGGGGAGAAAAUUCACUUACUGAAUAAAUGUCUACUGAGCACAAUCUAGUGAAUCAUUACAGUGUGACCUCAUUGUUUGAGGCGUAUUCAUAACUCUUUUACACCAUUCGUAUCUUAAUGUAAUUAUAAAACCCAGAAUACUAUCAAAGAUAAUUUUUGUGGUUAUCUGCCAUUUAAAAGUAUCCAGUAUUUGUUUGCAUCCCAUUAAUACAAAUAAUGAAAAAAUGUUUUAAUCUGUAAUAAACUGAUUUAUUGUGCAGUGACUGUAAUAUACUAGAGUCAUAUUAAAUUGUUAACUCUGCCUCCUCAAACACAUUAGGAAAUAAUCCCCAAAAUAAGUAUUUAACUUUGCAAUAGAUAUAAAGGAGACUCUGGGUGCUAUAAUUAGAUUAUUUUGAGGCAGACAGAGAGCUGUUAUCCCAGCUGAUUUAGUAUGUUCUGUAAUUGAGAAAAUGUUCACCAGAUUAUACUUUUUAGUGAUUUACAUGUACAUUUUAUAGGGGACAUGUUCUGUGUAUAGUGAAUAAAUAACUUUUAUAGUAUCACAAAAAUGUUUUGGAUUCCUUAGUUCCUUAUUAGGAUAUGAAGUUUGUUUAUAUGUUGAUUCUUCCAUCACUCACAUUUGAUUUUUGUCAAAUUUCUGCCGCAUAUUUUAAGCCUUUUAUGUAAAGUUAUUCAUCUAAAAAUAUGGAAGUGUUUAAGCCAUUUAUAAAAAUUUUUGAAAAUAUUGCAGAAUACACAUAACUGGGAAAUAAGAAAGGGGAGGUAUUUUUACCCCCAUUUGGUUAAAAAAGUGUUUUCAAACUUGCUUAACAUCACACAGCAAUUAAGUGGCAGAUCCCAGGUUAUUCAUGGUUUUUUCAUUUGAUGGUUCCUCUUUACUGUUUUGUGCCCCCGCCCUUUUUUUUUUUUUUUUUUUUUUUUUUUUUGUAAUGGGAAGUUUUUUAUAACAAAAGUAAUAUAAUGGAAUAUAGAGUUCACAUGUAAGGAAGAAUUAAUAGAAUAAUGAAAAAAGAUAUAGUAUCAAAAAGUAUUUUGUUUGUAAUCUUUCUGGAUGAAAAAGAGGUUAAAUACAACAUGAGAUGACACAGCUAUUGUGACUCAGGCUCUCUAUCCUGGCUUUCCAAAUUUCAAUCUUGUAUUGGUUUUUGACCAUAUUCUUGUUUACAAAAUCCUGAGAUACUUUGAAAAAGGGAGGCUAUGACUUAAGACAGCACAGUGACAGCUGAGGAAUAUCUUAACAGCAUUUCUACCAGGAGGUCAGAGCUUUUUAGGAGUAAACUGCUCUCGUUGAUAAAUGAAGUAAGCAGCCUAUUUGUUGUCUGUCAUUCAACUACUGACAUCUGUUAAGAUGCAAUAGGAAAGUUUCCUUCUCCAGGUUUCUUUUUCCUCUGCCCACCCCCCCCCCCAACAGUGUUGGUUAUGUUUAUUGCAUUGUGUUUAUGUAUUCCUAACAGUUGUUUCACCCUAUUGAAGUCGGGACUCUAUUUGGAAUAAAAAGCAAGGCAUGUAAAUUCCUUUCAUUGAUAACUGACAGAGUAGUUUGUAAUGAAGUAAAAAAGCCUUUGUGUCUAGUAUUUUGUAGAUCCCAUCUCUUUGAAUGCUAGAGUGAAAUAAACUGGUCUAGGAGCCAAAAAUUUUGGGGUUUUUUUUGUUUUGUUUUUUUUGUUUUGUUUUGUUUUUCCUUAGGUUUAGCUCUGCCUUCCAUGUUUAUGGCUGGGUAGGCUUUCUUCAUUUGUGUAAGAGACUUUAGAGAUGUUCUCUUCCUCCUGUUUUACAGAGUAACUGCCAAUGAGAAUGCAAUUAAAGAAACUAGAAAACUUAA